GAUAACACUAGCGUGGGCGACUGUACUAAGGCAACGCCACUGUAUUUGUAUUUAUACCUACCAUAUUCAGUAAUUACUCGACUUCAGUCAUAAAACAUGAUAUUACAUUAGUAUUUAGUUAAAAAUAAUUACAGCGCUAUUAGAAGUUGAUUUAGAUUCUUCAUAAGUAUAUACUUAAGCUUUUAUCGGAUAUAUUAUAAUUAGUGUCCAAAUGGAGUGAUUCAAGUGUGGAAGCGCCAAGUGUUAAUAUUGCGUUAUCAAACAGUGAUCGGUGUCUAACAUUGGGCCGUUGUAGUUAUGUAGGCGUUGGAAGUGGUAACACGUGAAUGGACCGGCCUGGGAUCGAUAGAGCUGAGUGCGCACGCCCGUUUCGACACAGCUGGCUUAGCGUCCGCCACCAAACCUCAACGCGUGUCUCAGUGCCUGUAUCGAGGCUCCUAAGUGCUCUGUUCCAUCACGGACAUGAUCUAUUAUCGACGGCUCUAAACGAUGUAAUGUGCCGCGUCCAAUGGCGGCAGGCUCUGUGGGCGCUGGCGUUUAUCAGUUCGCUGGCGCCCUCGCACGCCGAUGGGAACAUAGGUUGCUUAUUCGGCGCUUCACUUUGCGUGAAAGGCGUGGAGUGGUGUUACGAUGAUUAUGCCUUCGGGAGGUGCAUCCAGCUCUACGAUGCGCCGGACGAAGGUGCUUUGUACAAGUAUGACAUGAACUCGGACCAGUUGCAGUGGUUUGAGGGAGAGUUGCAACGGCUGGCGUCCCUUGGUUACCGCUGGGAACAUGCUUAUACCCAGUGUGUGCUGCAGUCCAUGCUGUACACAUUGCGACAGAACUUAGACCCAGACCAUGUGAACACAAAGAUCUGUGAUCAUUUCGCAGAUCCAAAGCUUGGUACCGACGGGAUUAAUGAAGAAGAUGAUGACAUUGAACCUGAUGAGACAGCUUUUGUCCGUUUUACUCCUAAUUCGGUAAUAGCUGACUCGGAUUAUGCUAACGAAGUUUACAGCCCUCCGUUAUCGCCUGAUGAAGACCCUAUCGCAUAUUUCAUGGCUAAAGAUAAAAAUGACGAAUCAAUAUUAAGCGAUGAAAACCCAAGCGAUAAAUUACGUGAUUUAAUGUUAAUGAAUGCAGGUGAAGAAUUACCAGAAAAAUUACCUUUUGAAGGAUUUCGAGAAAGGAUUAAAGCUGAGAAAGCUAAAGCUUUAGAUAGCGACAACGAAACCCCUAAUGCUAUGAUUCGCAAUGACAAAAAAUCACUAUCUGACAAAAGUAAGGAUAAGACUCCGGAGACAUUUUCCGAUGAAGAACGAUUAGGUGCUCAUUUUCGUAAGAUUAAAAUAAGACCACCGCCUUACACGGCCGAAUACAUCACUGGAAAUAGAUUUUCACCAUUAGAUGCAGAAAUUCGUUCGAACGCUUUAGAAAAAUAUAAGCAGAGUUUUGCAGAGAAAAAUUUCCCAUUCGAAUAUGAGAAUGUAGAUAUUCCAGAGCAAAGAAUAUAUAUAGAUGAGGAUGGCUUGGAAGAGAUACCCUUCGACACUGGCAGUGGAGAACUAGAUCCUUACCAUAUGAAAGGUAGUUCUGUGGGUCCUGAUGGUAAACAUUCUAAAAAUAUGGAAUAUCUAAUGAAUUACUGGCGAGACAUAAUCGAUUCUAAAUUAAAGCCACAAGGAGCAUUAUACGCUGAAGGUGGACCGCUAAAGGCGGAUGAUUUGCAGGGCCCUUUUAAGUUGAGAAGGUCGAUAAAGAAACGAUACUCGCAUCGGAAUGAGGGUGAUACAGAUACCGACGAUGUUUCAGGUGAAAAUUCAAAAUUUUAUCCCGAAGAUUUUCAAGAUUUGCUUAAUUAUGAAUGGGGAUUUAUGCGUAGGGAAAGAGAUGAUGUUAAAAAGCCCGGGCCGCGCCUGGACGCGAAAACGUUAAAGAUUUUAUACCACAAUAAUUCAGUGACAGCUCAUGGAUCAGCGAAUUCGCCAAAGGUUGGGACGGAACCAGAUCACGAUCAUAAUGAUUAUGAUUAUGACCCUUCUUAUGCAUACGUACUAUUCAAUGAUAGGUUUUUAACUGAUUGGAAUAAGGGUGUUUCAAUUAUAUCGAAACUGGAAGAGAUGCUUGGUUUGGAAAAGCAAACUUUUACAAAUCCACGUGUUGAUCGAGGUGAAGUUACGUUUAAAGUAGAAAAGAAUUCUAAAGGCUAUAAUGCUAUUGAUGUAGCUAGACGUGUUGACGACAUCAAAGAAGAAUUGCGUCGAGAAACCGGUGCUCAAGUAUUAUCAACAGGUGUUGGAGAUAGGAGUAAACGUCCUGUAAUACGUCAUGUUGCCUCUCCCGAGACUACGGUUUUCGGUAUGGAGUUGCCAGUCUUACUAGCCUUAGUGGGUAGUUUGUCUGUUCUCGUCGUUGGCGCAGUCGUGUUUGCUGUCCUUUUGAAGAAGGACUUCAAUUCUAAGAGGAAAAUGCAAGGCCUAUCAUCCGCAGCAGAUAUUGACGCAGAGGCAACAAGAGACUAUCAGGAGUUGUGCCGUGCCCGUAUGUCGGGUAAAUGGUCUGGUCAGCAGACGGCAGCGGCACCGCCACAUUCAACCGAUCCCCCUCAGCGAAUCACUUCUCUCUCCCGGGAGCCUGAUGCCAACUCGCCGUCAACGAGGUCUAGUACAUCAUCGUGGAGUGAAGAGCCCGCCUUAACUAACAUGGAUAUUUCAACUGGUCACAUGGUUUUGGCUUACAUGGAAGACCAUCUUCGCAAUAAGGACCGCUUGGAGCAAGAGUGGCGAGCUCUAUGUGCAUAUGAGGCCGAACCUUGUGCUACCACCGCCGCCCUCAAGCCAGAGAACACUGGCAAGAACCGAUACGCUGACGUUCUGCCUUAUGACCACUCGAGGGUUACUCUGAACACACUCUCCAAUCAUCUUGGCUCUGACUAUAUCAAUGCUUCAACUAUUACGGAUCACGAUCCUCGCAACCCAGCUUACAUCGCAGCUGCAGGCCCUCUGGCUCACACCGCUCCUGACUUCUGGCAGAUGGUGUGGGAACAAGGUAGUGUCGUCAUGGUCAUGCUCACUCGACUCACUGAGAACGGGCAACAGCUAUGCCAUCGCUACUGGCCCGAGGAGGGCUCCGAACUGUACCAUAUUUACGAGGUGCAUCUAGUGAGCGAACAUAUCUGGUGUGAUGACUACCUAGUGAGGAGUUUCUACUUGAAGAACCAGCGCACGGGCGAAACGCGCACCGUCACUCAGUUCCAUUUCCUCUCCUGGCCCGAGAACGGUGUACCAUCAUCUACAAAGGCGCUACUAGAGUUCCGGAGGAAGGUGAACAAAUCGUACAGAGGUCGAUCCUGUCCUAUUGUGGUACAUUGCAGUGAUGGAGCUGGGCGUACUGGAACCUAUUGCUUGAUCGAUAUGGUCCUGAAUCGUAUGGCGAAAGGUGCGAAGGAAAUUGACAUAGCGGCAACCCUAGAGCACAUCCGAGACCAACGCACGCGCACAGUUGCAACUAAACAACAGUUCGAGUUCGUUCUCAUGGCUGUAGCCGAAGAGGUACACGCUAUAUUGAAAGCACUACCAGCUCAUCUACAACAACUUCAAGAAAAAAAGGAAAAAGAGAAAGAAAAGGAAAAAGAAAAGGAGGGCAACGACAAAGAGAAACCUAACAAUUGAAUACCACAACGCUCGCUACAUAACAAUGUUUAAUUUUAUUAAUAACCAUAGCAGAUGUCUGUUUGUCAAAGCUCUAGAUUAGGAACCUCGCAUUUUCAUAAAAUUUAAAUAUCACAUGUCAAUAAAUUUCAAUUGCAUAUUCAAUAAUUUCAAUCGAGAUUCCUUAUCUAGACACUGCAUGUCUAUUAAGUUAUGCUUAUAGCUUGCUUUGUUUUUAGGUUUGGCAUCUUUUAUAUAACGAUAUCCUUUACAUUUAGAACUAUAAUUGAUAUAGGAGGAAAUUUUAAAUACAAUUUUUAGUGCCAUCGCUAAUUACAUCUAAGUAAUGUAUUUAUUUACCUUGACAUCAGCACAACAAUUAUCAGAAUAAUAUUAAUAAUAUAUAAAAUCUAAAGUUAAACGGUAUGAUAGAACGAAAGACAAAGUAAAUAGACUUGUUUUUCGCAUUAGAAUAUACAUAUUUUUUUGACGUAGGGCCCAAAAUUAUGCGAUUAUUAAGUAAGAUGGUAACAAAAAUUAUGUACUUAAUGAUUUAUUUUUCUAUACAGCUUUAACAUUGUGUACUUAAUUAUUUUCAUAAAGCAUAACCACAAGAUGGUCUAUUUACAAUUUUAUUAGAUAACUGGCAACAAUUAACUAUCACUUGAGUUGGGUUGGAUUGGAUUGGAUUUAAAUUUCGAAAAGUUUUUAUAUACUGAUUUAUUAAGUAAGCAAAUCUUAAGAUUUAAAUGUAAUCUGUACUUUUCGAAAUUUAAAAUUAAUUUGCUGACGUAUUUAUUCUAUUUAGACUUGCCAAGCUUGUUUUCUAUUAAAUGAUAGUCAAUUUUGAGGGUGUCUAAGAUAUCAAUAAUAUUGAUAAAUUGAAAAACGUAUCCUUAUUUUCUUUUAAAAUUCACAAACAGGUAUAUCAUUCGGUACUAAAUUUUAUCUACAUUAUAAAUAAUUUAGAAUUUUAUAACGUGUUAUAGCUACGUUUAUUUUUCAUUGGUACUUUAAGAGAUUUUAUAAGAAAUAACUUAUUAUAUAAAAAAUACAUUUUAGUUUAAUCCUUUCGGCCAAAGACUAACCUAUAUAUAUAUUAUAUCUUAUUGCCCUAUUUAAAGAUUUAUUAAGCGUUAUGUUUCAAGCAUUGUUGUUGUGCAUAUAAUGCACGUCUGUAAAUUGGGCUAGUCAGUGAAAUGUUACUAUAUUAUAUUAAUAUUAUCGUUACAGAUACUAAUCAUUCAGUAAAUUAAUGUCCAUGUAUUCAAUGAUUUAUAUUAGGUGCGCCGUAUUAGUAAAAUUUAAAGUUCAUUUUCGUAAUCGUAUUGAAAUUCAAAUCACUGGCUGUAUCAUGGUUUUAAAAUGUAAUACGUUAUAUAUUAAUGUAUCUAUUCUCUAUCGAUCAUAUCCUGAAUAAACGGAAUACCUGAAUCAUAAUAUGCAAACAAAAUAGAACUAUUUACAGAAAUUAGAGAGAAACAAUAAAAAAAACCUAUGAUUAUAAAAAAAUAUUGUAUGAAAUUUGUAUAAGAUUAUAUUAUAUUUACUGCAUAUUAUGGGAAAAUGUAAAAAAAAUAUUACCUACCCACGAAAUUAUUAUUGUAGUUUAGCAUAUAAGAGAAAAUAUAUUUAACCGUAUUUCUGUAUGAAAUUAUAUGUAGUUUUUAUGUGAAUGAUUGAAUAAUGGAUUUUGAUUAUUAAAUUGUUUUAGGGAAUAAGACAA